GGGCAGAUUAAUGUAGGAUUUGAGCACUUGCCUAUAAGUAACGGGAAACUGCUGAUGACUGUAUGAACGCGCUCUGGAGCCUUUUAACUUAAUUGCUAAAUGGACUAAUGAACCGUGAUUCUUGUUUGCCUUGCUCUGCCUUUUAAAGUCAAAGAAGAUGGACUGAAGCAGAAGUACUCGAUUGAUCCGGCUUAAUUUGGCAGCGCUUUGUAAUGAUCUUGUAAUGUUUCACAAUGAGCUGUCAAACUAUUAAUCUGUAAUUUAUUGUGCGUUUAAAUAUACUGGACGAAGCAUUCUGGAAAUGGGGGUUUAACUCAAUAUUUGACUCGUCUUAAGCAAAAGGUCGUGUUUUAUGAGCUUAGCCACGGCUGUCUGUCAUUGUCAGGUCACCUUUAUGCCCAUCGACGUCAUUUAUAAAGGUUAAAAUAGCCUUCAGCUAUUUGGUGUUUUAUCGAACAUGAGAAAAACUUUUUUCAAGCGUUUAAAACGAGCAAAGGUCUUGCCCUGGAUCAGUAAUGUGACUUUAUACGGAUGCCUGUUCGCCGGUGGGGAUUUCGUUCAUCAGUGCAUCGCGCAAAGGGAUGAGAUGGACUGGAGACACACGAGAAACGUGGCGAUCGUGGCUCUGAGUUUUCAAGGCAACUUCAACUACUUCUGGUUGCGAGCCUUAGAGCGUCGUUUCCCUGGAAGAUCGGCUGGGAUGGUGUUCCGUAAACUGGUUUUGGACCAAAGUUUUGCCUCACCUUUGGCGACCAGUGUGUUCUACACAGGUGUGAGUUUCUUAGAAGGUAAAGAGGACAUAUUUGAAGACUGGCGAGAAAAGUUCUUUAACACCUAUAAGACUGGAUUAAUGUACUGGCCAUUCAUGCAGUUCCUGAAUUUUGUUCUGAUGCCUCUCUACCUGAGGACAGCGUUCAUGGGCUGUUCAGCUUUCGUGUGGGCCACGUUCUUGUGUUUCUCUCGACAAAGUGGAGAUGGGACCGCAGCGGUGGCCUUAGCUUGGGUCAUGGCCCCCAAGAAACGGCUUCUACGUCGCAAAACAGACGAGGAGAAAUAGACACAUAGUGGCGCACAUGAACAGCUUUGUGCCUUUGCGAAAGACAAUUCUGUCCCACAAUGGUACUGUAUUGAGUCUGUGUUGCGUUUAUACAUUUUAAGAGUGAUAACGUGUACAUGUUUUAUUUAUAUUUUUGCUGAAACAACACUUUAUAUAGUUAAAUGUGAUUUAAUUUAUUAAUGAACGGAUAAUGAAUUGUGACUUUAUGUAUUUUGCUGUGUGGUGCCCGAGGGGUCUUGUGACAUUUGUGCCCCAGGUCAUUAGGUUGCCAUUCAACCCAAAUACCUUACUGAUUUAUUUAAAAAAUAAUAA